AUGUUAUCUUCAACAUAUUUAUUCUCUGUUUGCACAAUCUCAUUGAGUAAUAUUUAUAUAUUUAUGAAAUUUAUUUUUGAAAUAUAUUUUUAUUUAGUUGUCUUUACUAUCAAUUUAACCCAUUGUGUACCAGCAGAUUCGAAAGCAUCUGAUGUUAUUGAAUAUAAAAUGAAUGCUAAAGAAAUUAAAUCAAAGAAUAAUGACCAAAAAAAGUCAUCAAACUGGAAAUUAUCUGGUCAAAAGGCCUCUAUCAAAAAACGUGAAUACCCAACAGAAGGUAUUCUACUUGGCAAACGUGAGUAUCCAACAGAAGGUAUUUUACUCGGAAAACGUCAACACCUGGCUGAAGGUAUUCUUCUUGGAAAACGAGAAUACCCAACCGAAGGUAUUUUGUUAGGCAAACGUCAUUACCCAACUGAAGGUAUUCUGCUUGGUAAACGUCAAUAUCCAACAGAAGGCAUCUUACUUGGUAAACGUGGAUAUCCAACUGAAGGAAUUCUUUUAGGUAAACGUGGAUAUCCAACUGAAGGAAUUCUUUUAGGUAAACGUGGAUAUCCAACUGAAGGAAUUCUUUUAGGUAAACGAAGUACUCGUUUAUCUGAAUCAAAAUCUUCUGAAAUGACCGAUGACUGA